AUGCGUGCGCCGACCAAAAUGGAAAAUAUGGAGGGGCCGAUAAGAAAAUUUAGGGCCCAAAAACAAAAGGAAACUCUCGCUCUCUUCUGGCUGCAAUCAUCAAAGUGUGAACAAGUUUUUUUUUACAAUGAAGAAAAAGAAAAGAAAAAGAUACAGUUAGGAAAAUCUUGUAUGGUAGAUAAUGAUUGUGAUGUUAAAUGGCAUGCGAAAUGUUCAAGAGAUAAUGAAUGCGUUUGUCAACCAAAUACUAUGGUACUAGAUAAUGCAGCAUGUGGACCCAUAGUAGGUGAACCAUGUUGGGGUAAUGAACUUUGUGCAACUGAAAAUUCUGAUUGCAUUGAUAAUGUAUGUCACUGCAAACAAAAUUAUCUAAAACAAUCCGAUAAUCAAUGUUUACUCAUGCUUUUGGGAACACCAUGCGAUGACGAUACAAAUUGUAAGAAAAUUAGAUUCGCAUCGUGUACGGAUAACAAAAUUUGUGGCUGUGUAUUAAAUACCAUUGAAUUGAAUCCAUCAAAAUGUGCUCCACUUCUCAAUGGAUAUAUAAAUAUGACUUGUUAUACUGAUAUACAAUGCAGUCUUGGGAUUAAAUAUUCGAAAUGUGUUAAAAAUAAAUUUAUUUGCGAAUCAAAUUAUGCAUCCAUAAAUGGAACACAAUGCGGAGCAUUUUUCAACAUGAAGUGUUUGCAUAAUGAACCAUGUGCAACUCCAAAUGCUAUUUGCAUUGAUAACAGGUGUCAAUGUUCACCUAAAUAUACUUAUCGAGCCGAAAAAUGUGUACCAACACAUUUAAAGGAACCUUGUGAACACGAUGAAGACUGCAAUGAAAUAAAGAACGCCAAGUGUUCGAUUGAGAAUAAAUGUGUUUGUAAAGAAGGUAACAAACAAUUAGAUAUUAACCUAUGUGCAUCUCAAUUAGGUGACUUUUGUUCAACAUACAAUGAGUGUAUUACCAAGGAUUCUGUUUGUGUCAAUGAUGUGUCAAUGCAAGCCCAAUUAUCUUUUUUGGGACGAGUAUGUUCCGAGGAUGAAGAUUGCAUCGAGGUAAUGUACGCGAAAUGUUCUAAAAACAAUCAAUGUAUUUGUAAGUCAAAUUUCGAUCAAAUCAAUCAAACAGCAUGUGCACCAUUAUUGGGUGAAUAUUGUUGGAAUGAUAAUUUAUGUGGAUCGGACAAUACUGUCUGCAUUAAUCACAUUUGUCGAUGCAAGCCUGAUUUCAUUGAAUUCGAUAAUGAAUGUAUUCUCAAUUAUUUAGGUUCAUUUUGUAAACACAAUGAAGAUUGUGACGCAAUACGGCAUGCGAAGUGUUCGGAAGAUAAUAAAUGUGUUUGUCGAUCAAACAAUGUUCAACUAAAUAAAACGAUUUGUGCACCGCUAUUAAAUGAAUUCUGUUGGAUGAAUGAACAAUGUGCACCUGAUAAUUCCCAUUGUAUUAACAAUCGGUGUCAAUGCAAAACUAACUAUUCACCCAAAUCUCAUAAUCAAUGUCUGCCUGUAUAUUUAGAACAAUCCUGUCGAAGCAAUGAAGAUUGCAAAGGAAUAAUAUAUUCAGAGUGCUCUGAAAAUAAUCAAUGCAUUUGCAAACCGAAUUACGUUGCCGAAUUUGAUCAUAAAAUAUGUAAAGCACUUUUGAACGAAUAUUGCGAAAAUACAAUUGAUUGCUCUCUUUUCAAUGCUGUUUGUAUUGAUCAUAAAUGUAAAUGCUUAGAAAGCUUUUCACCUCAAACAAAUAAAGAAUGCUCUACACGUUACUUGCAAAUAUCAUGCAUAGAAAAUAUAGAUUGUAAUGCAGCUCUACAUGCAACUUGUUCAAUAUAUGGCAAAUGUAUUUGUAACGAAAAUUACGUAUUAUUAAAUGACACAAUUUGCGCACCACUUUUAUAUGAGUACUGUCGAGAUGAUGAAUCAUGUGCUACCACUAACGCGAUUUGUAUUUCUAAUAGGUGUCAAUGUAAAUCUUACUAUGUAUCGCAAUAUAAUAAUUAUUGCAAACCAACACGUUUAGAAAUUGCUUGCAUGCAUGAUACUGACUGUGAUGGGAUACAACAUUCACGAUGUUUAAUGGAUAAAAUAUGUGUUUGUGAAAGCAAUUACGUUAGAAUUAAUGAAAGAAAGUGUGCACCACUUCUAGGAGGGUAUUGUUCGACAGAUGAACACUGUGUAACAGAUAAUGCAGUUUGUGUUGAUAAUAAAUGUCAAUGCAAGUUAGAUUUUAUUCCUAUAUCGAAUAAACAAUGUAUACUUGAAUUUGUGGAAAAAUAUUGCCGCACAAACGACGACUGUGAGGAAAUAAGUAAUGCUGAAUGUACAACAGCCAACAAAUGUAUGUGUAAACCACAUCAUUUUGCAAUAAACAGAACAAUUUGUAAACCCUUUUUAGGAAGGUCUUGUUUAGAUGAUAAAGAUUGUAAUGAAAUUACUGUUUGUAAUGUCAAUAAAUGUCAAUUUUCCAUGGGAGGAAAAUGUAAUGAGAAUGAAGAUUGUGUAAAAAUAAUAAAUGCUAUAUGUUCACCUUCUGAAGAUUGUGUUUGUGAUCAUAAUAAUAUUGCAAUAUCUGAAAAAAAAUGUUCACCAACUCUUGGUGGAUCCUGUUCAAAUGACAAUCCUUGUUAUUCUGAAACAAUGGUUUGUAUGAAAAAUAGGUGUCAAUGCAAAGUUGGUUUUUCAUCUGUUUCAGAAAGUCAAUGCGUAGCAGCUCAUUUGUUGUAUGAUUGUCUUGUAAAUGAAGACUGUAGUGAUCCGUGGCAUGCUCAAUGUUCUAAGGAUAAUAAAUGUGUUUGUAGGCUUCACAACAUUGAAUUAAAUAGAUCAACAUGCUUACCGUUAUUGAGUGGAAGAUGUUGGAAGGAUGAUCAAUGCAUGGCUUCAAGUUCUAUCUGCAUUGAUUUUCAUUGUAAAUGCAAAUCUAAUUUUAUCGCAGUAUCCAAUAACUUAUGUUUAUUGAUGGAAUAG